AUGUUGAGUAUUCAACCGCGGUGCUUACAAGCAAUCACCCUAUAUGGGGUCGUUUGGUACUUCCGCAAUACUUCUCGUUCACAAGAUGUCGCUUUAGCCAUCUCGAAUGGUCUUAACCUUAGCGAAGAAAUCGCGUCAGGCGUGUUGGAGCGUGCGGAACGACUCGCUGCCACCAGAGGCGCCAGAAUACUCAUCACAAACCUGAGCAAAUCAUUUGUUAUGACUAGCGGCAUAGCUUCAGGCGCUAUUCGCAAUUUCUUCUACGCUCAGGAGGUCAUGUGGAUGCAGAUGGAUUUACUCCCAUGUUACAUCAAACUUCGCUUCUUCGGGCCUGGUUACGAUCAGCUGUUAUCUGAUGAGGGGCUGCAAGCUACUCCCAGCAUCUCAAACGAGGAAUUGGCAUCGACGGCAAACACUUCAGACUCCACAGCCUUCACCCUAGAACAAAUCGCUAACUUUAGCACGAUGACAGUUACUCAAAAGUCCAGGAACACGACAAAUUCUCCCGUCAUGACCUCGGUCGCAGACCAGACUCUGGCGCAGAAUUACUCCCUUGUAGGCCCUGAAGCAACUACCAUGGAAGGCGCGACCCAGAACGAACAUCAGAAAGGCACUGAACAUACUUCAAGGUUAGCGACUGAUCCAUCGAUUUGCAAGAAUGGUAACGGAGGGGUGGAUUGUGACGACGAAAAGACGGUGUCGCAGAAAUCACAAAAAGUCGGCAAGCGAGAUGAAAGGAGCGUUCAACAUUGUCCAGGGGUAACCAGUGACGGCAACAAAUGUAGCCGUUGGAGGUUCAUGAUAGCAGAGCGCAGCACAGAGACAUGGUUUUGCUCCCAAGCUCACCGCAAACAGUGGGAUGAAGGUGAGAUCAUCGCCAGGUAG